AUGGAUGCGCCUGGCAAAACUAUGAUGCGGAAAGAUGCUGAGGAGAGAACUCAAAAGCUCAGCUCUUCUCUAGAACGGAAGCAGUCCUCAAGUGCUGCCUCGCGCACACACCAAGAGGACCCGCAUGGCGCAGACCGCGAGAGCGCAGCCAGUGAAGGCCCCGACGCCGAAGAAGACGACGACGGCGGCGACGACGCCGAAGAGGGACAUGACAACGAAGACUCUGAUGAGGAGGACGAAGAGCCUCGACUCAAGUACACCUACUUAAGCAAGUUGUUAGGGUCUGUCUAUCGCAAUGGGGAUGCGACGAGUACAUUCCUCGUUGCCGGAGACAAAAUGAUUAUUGGAACGCACAAUGGUGUUAUACAUGUUCUUUCUCUACCGCAUCUGCAACCUCUUCGAGUCUAUCAUGCGCAUGCAGCCAGUGUGACUUCGAUCUCUAUAUCUCCGUUCCCUCCUCCUCUGCCCAGAUUCAAGGUCGACGCAGUUACCAGAUCAGUCGUUGAAGACACUCAGCCGCCAACACGGGCAUCAACAAGCUCAGGCAGCAUCCGCGGGAAGCCAAAGUCGAACCAGCAAUCAAACGUACCACCCACGCCUUCAAAUUCGAUUCACAUCGCCUCCUCCUCAAUAGACGGCAAUGUCUGUAUCGCAUCCCUGAUUGAUCCGAAGGACAUCCUCAAAAGAAAUUUUGGGAGACCUGUUCAAGCUGUCGCGCUGUCUCCCGAUUACAAGAAUGACAGAUCUUUCAUUUCCGGAGGUCGUGCAGGGGAGCUCAUCCUGACUACCGGCGGUCGUAUUGGUGUGAGUGCAAAUGCCACAACUAUGGGAGGUGCAACUGCGACGGCUUCGAGCUGGCUGGGCUCAAUGGGGCUUGCGGCCAGCAAUGGCAAGGACACGAUUCUUCACAGCGGAGAGGGUACCAUCAGUACAAUCAGGUGGUCCCUGUCGGGCAGAUACGUUACGUGGGUGAAUGAAGAAGGCAUCAAAAUUAUGCGAUCAAAUCUGCAUCUUGAGCCUCGCGAAUCAGAGUUUGCGUGGAGGCGAAUAAGCCACAUUGAUCGUCCCAGUGGCACAGGAUGGGACGAGAUGGCCGGUGUUUGGAAAGCUCGCGCGGAAUGGAUUGAUGACUCCGCCUUGGACCAAGACGAUCGGCUUGAUCCCGGGUUUGAAAAUAACGAUGAGAGCUCACCACCCACUCUACCCGUCGAGCAACCCGAAAAGCUCGUGGUGGGCUGGGGUGGUACCGUGUGGAUCAUCGAUGUCUUUCCUGACCGGGCGUGUAAAUCCUCGAAGGGUCAACGAUAUGGUUCCGCCGAGGUAUCCACGAUCCUUCGGACCGAUUGCAUUAUAUCUGGUAUCUCUCUGUACAGUCCACGUCUCCUCGUGGUGCUUGCACAUAUUGAGGGGUCAAAAGAUGUCUCAGAAGAUGCCUCGGUCUCCUCCGGAAGAGGCCACCGGCCGAAGAACCUGGAACCAGAGCUACGGAUCAUCGACAUUGAGACGAAGGAAGAACUCAGCGCAGAUACCCUGUCCUUUGGGCGAUUUCAAAACCUCACCUCUUCGGAUUACCACCUGAGCGUUCUGCCACCCUGGAAGACUGCAGAGGGUCAAAUUGUCCAACGCGGUGCGCUGGGAACUAUCGGACAUGGACUUUUAGACGCCACAAUGUACCCUGCCCGUCUCUUCAGCUCAGCCGCCAGUAUUCGAAGCACAAAUAGCAGCGGAGACAAGUUAUCUGCCAGAGCACCACCGUCGUUCAUUUCAAAGCAGCUGUCUAUUGAUGAAACACCGUCGCCGAAGGAAGUGCAAGACAUUUCACGGGCCUCGGGGGCGAAGAUCUUUGUACAUAGCCCCUUUGACUGUGUUGUCUCGAUUAAACGCGACUUUGCGGACCGCCUCGCAUGGCUCAAUGCUCGCGGUCAAUAUGAGCAAGCAUGGAAACUUAUUGAUCAACACCCCGAGGUGGCUGAGUCGACUCUGGACCUUAGUGAUAUUGCACCAGGGCUGAGGUCUCAGAGCAGUCUGGGAGAGUUUUUCGACGACGACAGAUCAUCCGUGAUCACCGCUGGCCGAGAUAAUCUCCAUCCUGCUGCUGACCACGAGAAGGCUCGGAUUGGAGAACUGUGGAUUGAACAGCUCGUAAGCCAGGACAAAUGGUUCGAGGCUGCCGAAGUGUGUGGAAAAGCUUUGCGAAGCACCCCUCGUUGGGAGCACUGGGCGUGGCUGUUCAUCGAGCGAGAAAGAAUGGAUGAGAUCUUGCCACAUCUCCCUAUCAAUCUACACCCGCCUCUCUCAGCCGAGAUCUACGAAUCCCUUUUGAACCACUAUGUCUCGCAUGACUUGGGCCGAUUCAGAGACCUGGUUGACUCGUGGCCGUCAGACUUGUUUGAUUCAAACAACGUGACUCAACAAUUGCGGAAUCGCCUGCAAUCUCAUUCGGUAACCGAGCAGUCUGAUGACUGGCAAACUCUCACCGAUUGCCUUGCCAAACUUUAUUUGAUGGGCGGUCGUUAUCGUGAGGCUCUGCGGUGCUAUAUUCGACUUCAGGAUGCGGACGCAGCUAUGUCACUGAUCAAGGAGCAUCAUCUGGUGGAUGCAGUGUCCGAUGAUAUACCCGCUUUUGUUAUGAUUCGAAUCACUAAGCAGCAGAUGAAGUCAGCUCCCAAAUCCGAACUAGACGAGCUCGCCGCAGAGCCAAUCCAGCUCUUAGUCAGGGAGGCCUACACGGGGAUUGUGCCCCCUGAGACAGUUGUAUCUCAGCUGAAGGCUGCGAAUCGCAUUCUAUUUGUAUAUUUCUAUCUUCGCGUACUCUGGAGGGGCGAAGCAUUGCCACACGAUACAUCAAAGCCUCGCCGGGGCCGAGGGACUCACUCUCGAGAUGCAGCCAGCAAGCUGGCCGCGGACGAGGGGAAGGCUUUGAUUGACGCACUUGCCGACACCGCCGUGGAGGUAUUUGCUGAUUAUGACCGCUCUCUAUUGAUGGAGUUCCUUCAAACCAGCAUGUCUUACACCUUCGAGUUGGCGACACAGAUUUGCGAGCAGCGCCGUUAUACCCAAGAACUAAUUUAUCUCCUAUCCAAGAUGGGACAAACAAAGCGAGCUCUGAAUCUUAUCUUGUCUGAUCUGAGGGACGUGUCUCAGGCGAUAUCGUUCGCAAAAUCCCAGGACGACCCAGAUCUCUGGGAGGAUCUACUCGAUUACUCGAUGGACAAACCCAAGUUCAUCCACGGCCUUCUCGUCGAGGCUGGAACGUCGAUUGAUCCUAUCAAACUCGUUCGUCGAAUUCCAAGCGGCUUGGAGAUCGAGGGUCUCAGGGAUGGCUUGACCCGUCUAAUUCGUGAACACGAUUUGCAAACGAGUAUCAGCCAGGGUGCGGCGCGCGUGAUGCAAAGUGAAGUCGCUAGGGGCAUGGACACCUUGCGCAAGGGUCAAAGGCGAGGAAUCAAAUUCAACGUGAAUGCACAUGAAUCUGCAAGUGGUGGACCAGGCCACGAUGAGACGUCUGGAGCCGGUCACACAAGUCCACGGGCGACUCCCAGCUCAGGACGCUGUGGCGGUUGCAAUGCUCCGUUCAAACCGAAUGAACGCAAAAUUCUAGUAGGCUUCGGCUGCGGACACAUCUUCCACCUCUCGCAUUUACAUUCAGAAGGCUCACUCCUGCAAUCAAAUACCGACAGCCCGAAUCGAUCGGCAGACCGAACACCACGGCCGUCGUCGCCUACCGAAGACGUCGCGACGUCCAGUGUCUCUCGCACCGUUGGGCCCAAAGUGACGACGGCCCGUCUUCUGCGUGACAGAAUCGGCGACGGUUGUCGAAUCUGUGCAUUGUCAAGAAAGAUCGAGUCUCUAGGCUCUGAAGAGGCUGUCUGA